GUCGUAGCUCAGCUUUCUCCCAUUGAGGAAAAGGAGUAGCUUCACUUUGGCUUUUUUGUUUUCUUUCUUUGCUUUUAGCAGCUAUGCAGUCUUCCCUCUACGGAAAUGCGCGGGCGGCGAAGGCGUCACCGACGGGACCCAACCGCUACGAGCACAUGGAGGAGGAGAUGCACCGCGAGAAUGAGGCGAUGCUGCACGCAUUGGGCAACAGCGUGUCUCAGAUGAAGACAAUGGCUGGUCACCUCAACCGCGAGGCGGAGGAGCAAAACGAGCUGCUCAAGACUCUCGACAAGGCCUUUCAAACCGCGCGUGGCGGCGUCCACACUGCGGUAUCCUCCGUCAAGAAUGUGAUGGACCGGUACGGGUGGAAGCACACCUUGGCGUUUGGUGUGGUGGGCUUUUUUGUGAUCUACGUGCUGUACUACAUCAUCUUUCGUUCCGCCAAAGCCGCAUAA